AUGCUCAUCACAAAUAGACUAAUAUACGACACACCACGACUUAACAUGGGCGGCACACUAAUACAUAUGUCGGACAGUGUGAAGAUUUUGGGCUUGACGAUAGACCGUAAAAUCACCUUCAGCGAUCAUGUCAGCGCAGCCUGCAAUAAAGCCAUUGGCCUAUACAAACAGGUAUCAAAGGCAGCUAGGACACGGUGCAAAGAAGCUUUGCCAUCAAAAUUUGUAGGGCGUACAGAACAACUCCACUCAGCUCCCCUCAGAGUACUGGCAGGCUUGCUCCCCCUAGACCUGAGAGCACACGAAAACAAAGCCUUAUACCAAAUAAAAAAGGGGCAUAUGGCCUGCGAACACUUGAAGGGAGCCGAGGUGGAAACGAAAACACCUUUCUACAAAAGUCCCCACCCGGCAAAGGCAGCAUUGGAGUAUGUUAUCCUGUCCUAUGAGGAACUGACAAUAAAUAGAGAUAGUUUACAAAUAUAUACAGACGGUAGCAAGACGCAAGAAGGGGUGGGAGCUGCGAUCUCCCUUUGGAAAGGAGACAAGGAAAUAAAGAGCCAAAAGCUGCAUUUGGCACAUUAUUGCACCGUGUACCAAGCAGAACUGGUGGCGCUACAAAGAGCGGCGCAACAAGCGGUGCAGCGGAAGGAGACCGAAGUCCUCAUUUACAGUGACUCAAGGUCUGCAUUGGAUGCAGUUGCGGGGGGACGCUCUUUCGACCCCUUGGUCACCGAGAUUCGCGAGCUUCUUACCCAAUACCCAGAGAAGAAUGUCAAACUUUUCUGUGUUAAAGCACACGCGGGGAGAAGGGGGAACGAAAGAGCAGACCAGUUGGCCAAAGAAGCCACUAACGCAAAGCGGAGGCCGGUCUACGACCUCUGCCCGAUAUCAUAUGUUAAAAAAUUAAUACGCGCAAGCACGGUGCAGAAGUGGGUCAUGAGACAGUCCAAAGAAACAACGGGGGCGACAACAAGGAUGUUCUUGCCCGACCCAGAAGCUGCGUACAAAAAGGAUUUAAUCCUAUAA